GAUCAUUAUCCCCGUCCAAAAAUAGCACUUCUCUUGUCUCCCUCUUCCAGGGACCCUGGAAGCUUUAGAGUUUUUCUUCUUUUCUGCUUUCCAGCCCUGCUGCCCAUCCCUGCUGCCCCAUGAAGGCUGGAGUGGCUGCCCUGGCAGGCGGGCUCUUCGGCGCCACCGGCCUCUUGCUCUUCCUCCUCGCCUUUGGGACCGACUACUGGCUCCUGGCUACAGAGACCUGUGGCAUCUUUCCCAGUGGGAACAGCACUCUGCAGAGCGGGGAGGAUGAAGUGCAGACAGAGGUCAGGAAGGAGGUCCUCACUUUCCACCACGAGGGCUUCUUCUGGAGGUGCUGGUUCUUCGGCGAGGGGCACCCAGAGACCAUCUGGACCUUCUGGUACACCAGCCAAGUACACCCCAAGUUCUGCAUGCAUGGAUACCUCUUCCCUCUGCCCAUUGCUCUUGGACCUUUUCCCCACCCUUCCUACGACACGACAGCAGUGUACAGAGGCUUCUGGACGGCCUUCAUCAUCCUGGCUGUGGCCACCGGGCUGGUGGGAGGGCUCCUGCUGGUCUGUGGGGUGCCCUUCGUGAGCCCCCGUGCCUACAAAGCUGGAGGGGGGUUCCUCCUCACCUCGGGAGGCUUGUUUCUCCUGCUGGUGUUUCUCUUCGUGAUGUGGAAGGAGUUUGCAGCUGAUUUUCAGAAGUACAUCCUCCUGGAGAGGAGUGAGAAGUGCCUGGACGACGUUCCCGUGCACGUGCACUACGGGUGGUCGUUCAUGUUUGCUGCAGCCGGGGUGCCCCUGGUCUUAAUUUCUGGACUCCUCUUCUACCUGGUUGGCAGAGACAUUAGGAAGUCCCUGGAGUAAGACAAAUAUGGAGAAGGGCACUUGAGAAAACUGGUGAUGCUCCUUGGAACGGAACACACCCGAGUUUUGAGGACUAGGUGGUUCUUGUAGCUAUAAUUGUAGGUGCAUGAUCAUACCCACCCUUACCUGGAGGCAGGGACGGAGCACUGAGCAUCCAACCUCUCUCAGCCCCAAACCAGGCUGAAUGUCCAGCUUCAGCAUGGUCACACCUCGCAGACCUUGAGAUGUAUCUAUGGCUUUUGCAUCCAUUUUACCUGCAGCCCUGGGAACAGCCUUGGCUGUGAAAGCAGCUUCCCCCCCCCAUCCAUAAGCAGCAGAGCUGGAGUUCUGUGGCCUUCCCAGCAUCCUUGUUUCUUGGAAAAGGUAAUUGACUCUGGCGGCCACGCUGGAUGCCAGAAUGUCUAUUUCUGAAAAGCAAUUAAGAAUGAUUUUAUUUUUAUUUUAGCUGGCUCUAAUUGACAUCAAAGGACAACCAUUUCAUGGGAUGUCGGGAAACGGGAGAACCUCUUUGUUUUUCCUAAGAAGCCCCUGAUUCUAAACAUACAAAUGUACCUGGACCCAACCUAACUUUCCUUCAGUGAAUAAACCAGUUUCUGUGGCAUGAAACCUA